GAUUCUGCCUCUGUAAUCUUACCGUUUCUACCGUUUUUGGUGAUCUGGGAAUUCCAGUGUGCGAUCAAUUUGCUGCCUUUUAACACUUUUCACCGAGGUAUGAACAAAUUGGGGUACAUGAGAGAAAUAAAUGUAGAGAUUGAAUGCCUUAGUUGAGAGAAUCGCUCGAAAAGAAGCUUCACCAGCAUGUAUGGGUUUGAGGCGAUAAGUCCAUUGCGGAGGCGAUGCAACUGGAACUGAAAUACCAGAAUCGAAUAGUCUAGAACUCAGAAGAAGGCAGUCUUUGUGGUUCGAAGCAGGACAUAAUUCGCUCCAUAUUUUCUUCCAAGUUGGAAGUCCUUAGAGAAGUCGCGUCUUCGACUCUCGGUCAAAUUGGAAGAUCGGAAGCUUGGAGUGUCUGGAGUGAAGAGAAGUGUGGAAUCCAAGCUAAAGAAUAUGGAAGCUCGAAGUGUGCAGAAUCCAUGGGCUAGUCCGUAUAAUUCGUUAUUUUGGCGGGCUGAGCUAACCCAGCCGGAUUUGAAAAUGGUUCAAUUUUUCCAGCUUCUGCUUGUCAAAUUUGAGACAAGCCCCCUUUUCGACUGUACUCAUUUAAAACUUUAUCAAAUAUUGAAAUUUAACUACAUUUUAAUCUUUAACAACAGGGAUACUUUGAAUGACAGGGAGAUCGGGGAGGAACAAGUGGAUGGGAGCAAGUGCUUUCAAACCCAACAGCACAAAUUAAACCUACUUGCCCACCACCAUUGUCAAACAAAUGAGAAGGAUUGAAGUAUGAAGAAGGAAUGAGGGGAGAACAAGGGAAAGGUGUAAAGCUAAAAGUGUUAAUUAUUUUCCUUGUUUUGUAACUUUUCCAAUUUUGAGUUAUCAAGGGCAUUUUGGUAAUCACGAUAUUUUGAGGGAAAAAUACUUUUGUAUUCAAAUUUUGCAAAAAACUUGCUGGGGAAGAAAAAAAAUCUUUAGAUGAAGCUUUUACAAUGUCUUGUGCAUUUUCAUGAAAAGAAAGUAUAUUUUAAGAAAUCUUGAUCAAUAUAACAUGGCACAUCCAUGUUCUACAUUUACUGCCAAAUGUGCAGCCUCAGUCUUGUAUUGAAGCACCACCUGUAAAAAGUGAUUCAAUGAAUAGAAUCCUGCAAAAUUUCCAUACCAUUAGUGAUCUUAACUUUGGCUCACCUUUUUCCUUGUCUUCACUUUUAGUUAAUCCUUUUGAAUGGAAAUUUCAACUUUUUCUUAAACCAUUAAAUGCUCACCAAAGUUCUUCACUCUGUUUUAUGCAAAACUUACAAAUUCUCCUUUGACUUUCUCUCUUUACUUAAGGCUUAUGGGCUUGACCAUUCUCUUGCUUCUUCUCAUUUCAUUUUCAUCUUCUGCUUCUAUGUUCUUUGUAUCUUCUGGUUCACUUCUCCUUUAAAUCCUGAAAAUUAUGGAAGAUAGUGAUUUCUUAUCGAUUAGUUCCAUUCCCAGUUUUGCUCGAGGACUUAAGAUUUUGCUGGUUCAUAAUGAUUCCUUGUCCAUCGUCAGCUUGUCCUCUAUGCUUGAGAAAUACUCAUUCAGAGCCUAUGUUGGAAUGAAAAAUGCUCCCAAGUUAAUGUCAUCUACAACUCAAUGGAGGCAGUCACACUCAUUCAAUAUGACCAUUUCCAAGAUCACCCCUAUCAAAAAGAUCAGAGACUUUAUCAUGCAAAUUUGGAUCAUCACAUUCAUUACUGUUACUGAUGAGGCAAAAGCGGCUGUGUCCAUGAUCUGUCAUUCUGAAGAAAGCCAAUUCAACCUGGUAAUGGCUAAAGCUAACAUGCCUGACAUGGAUACCCUUUCAUUUCUGGACUUCAUGCUUGAAAAGUACGUCCCUGUCAUCUUCAUCUCUUCUGGAGAAUAUAAGGAUGAUGUAACAUGGAAAGCAUUGGCUAACGGCUCAUGUUAUUUCUUGGAAGAACCAGUCCUUUUACAGGAUCUUAAAUAUGUGUGGCAGCAUGUUUAUCACACACAAGUCAACUUGGCCAACAGAACUCAAGAAGAAAAUUGUGCAAACGAGGUUCAUGGAACUCUUGAUGAUAGAAAAUGUAUGGAAAAAGAGAAGAGAAAAAGGUUCCAUAUGAAUUUUGACAGCAAUCACCUCACUGCUUUUAUGGAGGAGGAGGAAGAGGAGGAUACAGAAAGAGAACAAAACUAUGAUGAACAUCCUGAGAAAAGGCCCCGUAUUGUUUGGACUCCUGAGUUGCAUCAGAAGUUCUUGGAUGCCAUUAAUGUUUUGAGUGACGGGAAUAAUAUUCGUCCAAAAGCUAUACUUGAACAGAUGAAUGUGCCUAACCUCACAGCUCGCCAAAUUUCAAGUCAUCUUCAGAAAUACAGAACUCAAGAAUUGAUAAACCAGCAGGCUUGCAUGUCUGGAUUCGCUCCAAUGAGAAAAUUUUCAAACCUUGAUAUUAGAUCCCAGUCUUCCUCACCAUUUCAGAGCCAAAGUUAUCCAGGUUUUCCUAUAUCAAUUGCAGCCCUUAGUGGGCGCCAAAAUCAAAACCAGUGUUCAAUGAUUUUCAUUGAAACUCAAGAAUCUGACAUGGCACAAAUGGAAGAACCCGCGCCAAUUCAAGAUAAAUUUCCAGCAGCAUUGAGCAAUUAUGGAAGCCAAAACCUAGAAGCUGAAGUGGGACAACCUCUACCAGAUGCUUCAAUGGACCAAAACCAACCCAUGACAGAUGGUACUUUGACUAUACUUGAGGAAGAUUGUGAAGAACAUGACUAUUCUCAAAAUGGAGUACUUCCAGAUCAAAUUGAUCAAUACUGUGAGAUGCUAAGGAACACUCUUCUAAGAAAUAAUAAUAGCACUCAUCUUCAAGACCCUGAUGUCUGAAUUCCCAGCAGAUCAUAAGGGUUGGUUGCAGUCUGAAUCUUCACAGUUGAAGCAUAGCAGGAGCAUCUCUAUUUGAAGCUAUAAUCAUCUGUGAGUAUAUUUCAUUAUAUAUGUUGUAUACUUAUCUUCAAGUACGAAUUCUGCAAGGGAUGGCUGAAAGGAAUGUGAAGGUUCUUUAAUAUGUUAA